AUGAACAACAACUUCUUCAAACCACUCCAGAGCCCUCAGGUUGAGCGGCCACCUCCGAAUCCCCUUAAUCCAGUCACCUCUGCCCCCGCAGUCCCUGGAUCGCAGCAGGCGACGCGCAGCAAGAAGAAACGCACUGGCAAGAAGAAGCGUGGGAGGAGGAAGUCCUUUGCUGUGCUCCCAGAAGAGUCUCACGACGAGGCUGAGGCUUCGACCGCCCCCGUCGCUGCAAGACCCGACUUCUACCUGCAGACACGCAACUUCAGCAAUGCCAGCCUCGACAGCCAGACUUUGAUGGACCAUCGCGACCAACAGCCACUCCGACCUCGUCGUGGCUCAACAAUGGCCACACCUGGGUCCUUCCAAACUCCGCCUGCCAGUCGUUUGCGCGUGAGCCACGCCCACGGGGGUGACAGCGGUGAUGAGGGAGAGCCAACAUGGGACGAGAACGCGCCCUUGCUGUCACGGUCAGCACAGAGAACAAACACCAUGCCGUCCUUGAGCUACGUGGGUGGUACCAGCCAGUCCAGGCCACGCGUUAGUCGACGAGGAUCCAGCAGGUCGUCGAGGCAGCGCCAGCCUGUCUUCAAUAGCGUCAACUACCCUCCUUCUAUGCCAGGCUCGCCGCGAAUUGCUGGUUCGGAUCCCCUAGACCUGACGUUUGGUGACGUUAUGAUCACCGAUGAGCUCGACGCCCGUCUCGGUCGGUCCCCGCAUAAUGAUUAUCGCUUGGAUGAUCACCACUCGGAUCACGAUGUACGCAUGGAAGGCACAUCCCCAGGUAUAGCACGGAGGAAGACCAUUGCCUUGCAGGCCGAGGCGGACGUGUGCUUCCCCAGCGGUGUCUCCGAGUUGGGCGAAGAGGAACAUCUUGAAUCGAACAAUAUGCGGAGGCCUCGGCGCCGACGCGCUGCUUGGCCUGACCUCACAAUUCUCGAUGAAUGGAGCCGCAUCGAGAAAGAGGGCCGCAGUGAAGAACGCAGGGUCAAGCGCAUCACCGAGCCUCAACUCAUCAACGGACGUCUCCGCACGGUGCACCGAGGCUGGAUGCGCCCCGAAGAGGACUCGCCCGUAUCGAUUCACCUGGUUCAAGUUGGUGGCAGUUUCCGAGAAUUAUUCAUUCCCGAACCUCGUGUCCUGUCAGACGACAGCGAGUCCGAUGAUUCAGAUGCGGAAGACGUGUCAGUGGUGACUGCUACACAGAAGAACCACGCCUCAAGUGGCCAGAACGGCGUUUCCGGCACUUCCACGCGCCAGAGCUCUGUUGUUCCUCCCUUGAGCGAGGAGCCCGAAUCAAUCAUCUCAGGCCAUGAGAAGACUUCACACGAGAGCUCCAGGGCGCCUUCAGGCAAGGCAACACCAACGGGGGUCAAGUCGCCAACGCCGAAUGUCUCUCAGCCAGAAGGUACACCAAAACAACCCAAAUUCGGCGAACGACCGGUCUGGUGGCUCGACGUGCUGUGUCCAACCGAGGCCGAGAUGAAGGUUCUUUCCAAAGCGUUCGGGAUCCAUCCUCUCACGGCCGAGGAUAUCAUGGUGCAGGAGGCUCGUGAGAAAGUUGAGCUCUUCCGACACUACUACUUUGUCAACUAUCGAUCAUUCGAUCAAGAUUCUGAGAGCGAAGACUACCUCGAGCCCGUCAACAUGUACGUUAUCGUGUUCCGAGAGGGUGUUCUAAGCUUUCACUUUUCGAUGACGCCUCACUCUGCCAACGUCCGCAGACGUAUUCGUCAACUCAAAGAUUUUGUCAUCGUUAAUUCGGAUUGGAUCUCGUACGCCAUCAUUGACGACAUCACGGAUGUUUUUGGUCCCCUGAUUCAGAAUAUCGAGGACGAGGUUGACGACAUUGAUGAUGCUAUUCUUCGACUGCACUCUUCAGGCGACGUACAGGCAAAAGAUGGACCACUGUACUCGGAGAAGGCAUCAGAUGACGGACAGCCCUUCCAAAAGGAGAGCCAUAUGCUUCUACGCGUUGGCGAUUGUCGUAAACGGGUCAUGAGCCUCUACCGGCUUUUGGGCAACAAGGCAGACGUUAUCAAGGGCUUCGCAAAGCGUUGCAACGAGCGAUGGGAGGUUGCACCGCGGUCCGAUAUUGGACUGUACCUUGGCGAUAUUCAGGAUCACAUUGUGACCAUGACAUCAAACUUGAGUCACUACGAGAAGAUCCUCGCACGUUCCCACGCAAAUUACCUUGCCCAGAUCAACAUUCGUAUGAAUGAGCGCUCCGAACAGACGGCCGACGUGCUUGGGAAAUUGACUGUCUUGGGCACUAUCGUCUUGCCUAUGAACAUCAUUACCGGGCUGUGGGGUAUGAACGUAUGGGUUCCCGGGCAGGAAUAUGAGGGGGACCUCACUUGGUUCUGGUGUCUGACAGCGGGCUUAUUGGCGUUUGGUCUAACCUGCUUCAUCGUUGCGAAGAGGGUGUAUAAUAUCGUGUAGACGGCGCCUUUGCUGUAGUCACCACAACCAUGGUCGGUGUUUUCUGGUAUUGCGCCACUGUUGGUUCAGUGUGUGCUUCGGGAUCUUUCCAGGAGUUUGAGGAUUUUAUUAUUUUCUUUGGACUGGGACUAUUUACCUUUCCGUAUGAAUGCAACGAACUAACGACGCCCCUAG